UGUUUCGACGUACAUAUUCUUUGCAAUGAUUGACCAGUUUCUUUGCUACACGGCAAGCAUUGUGCAACUUCGCUACAUUCAAGGGCUCGACAACACAACAGUUUCAAUGCAAUGUCUUUUGAGUAAAACAGAUUCUGCCUGUUUACCGGGACUAGUGCUAGAAAAUGAAGUCGAAACAUCGGUAAUUCGCCUCGCAGCCGUUGGCUUUGGUAUUUGGGCAGCGUGCUACCUGGAAUGGACUUGCUUUCGGAUAUCUGCCGCGCGCCAGACAAGAAAAAUGAGAGAGAAACUUUUUCAGGCCAUUUUGAGACAGCAAAUGGGAUGGUUUGACACUGCGGAUCCUGGCGAAUUGGCAAUUUGCAUUACCGAAAACAUAGACAAAGUAAACGACGGCAUUAGCGAAGGCAUUCCUUCUCUUGUGUGGAGACUGUCUAUUUGCAUUGGUGGCAUCGUUCUCGGUCUCGUCGUGGAGUGGAGAUUGUCUCUGAUUGUGCUGGCGGUUACGCCUAUACUCGCCGUCUUGGCAGCCGUUUUGUCCAUUACUGUGUCGUCUUACGCUGUCGCUAUACAAAAUGCGUACGGCAAAGCAGGAAGUACUGUUGAAGAAGUGAUGUCAGCAAUAAGGACGGUUGUCGCGUUCGAUGGUCAAGAAAAGGAAGUUGACAGAUAUGACUCUGAGUUGAAGGAUGCACAGAAAGUUGGAAUUCGAAUCGGUUGCGUCAUUGGCGUUGUCAUGGGCAUUAUUUAUUUGUUCGUGUUUGGUUCGUGUGGAAUGGGAUUUUGGUUUGUCGGUCAUUACGUUAGAACCGAAGGAGCAGGUGCUGGAAAAGACUUGACCGCAUUUGUCGCUGUUCUGCGUGCUGCUUUUGCUUUGGGCAAUCUGAUGUCCAGCUUUCAGUCAAUCAGUUUUGCAAGAGGUGCGGCAGUCAGUGUAUUUGAAAUUCUCGAACUGAAAUCGGAUAUCGACCCAAUGGCUAAGCACGGUCACGCCUUGUCCGAAGACGAGGUGAAGGGCACCAUCGAGUUUAAAGAUGUCACGUUUCGUUAUCCUGCCAGACCCGAUGUUCAGGUUCUCUCAAAAAUCAAUCUGACUGUCAAAUUCGGUGAAACGCUGGCGUUGGUUGGACCUAACGGCUGUGGAAAAACAACGAUAGUUCAACUCCUGCAGAGAUUUUACGAUCCAAGCGAAGGAGCAGUUUAUCUUGACAAACACAACCUGAAAACAUUAAAUGUCUCUUGGCUACGCAAACAAAUUGGUGUCGUCAGUCAAGAGCCGGUGCUGUUUGCCACCAGCAUCGCCGACAACAUCAGAUAUGGUCGACCACAUAUCUCUGAUGAGCAAGUCAUCGAAGCCGCCAAACUAGCCAACGCUCACGGCUUUAUUACGUCACUACCUGAGAAAUAUAACACGCACGUCGGCGAAGCAGGAUCGCUUUUGUCUGGCGGCCAAAGGCAGAGGAUAACAAUAGCUCGUGCAUUAGUGGACGAUCCCAAGAUAUUGCUGCUGGAUGAAGUCACUUCUGCUCUUGAUAGCGAGAGUGAGAAAGCCGUGCAGGAUGCAUUGGACAAGGCUCGACAAGGAAGGACGACUAUAGUCAUUGCUCAUCGACUUGUCACGAUACGAAACGCAACGAAAAUCGCAGUCGUCGUCGACGGUGCUAUAAACGAGGAAGGGUCACAUACUUCACUGAUGGAUAGGAAAGGACUCUACUAUAGUUUAAUUGCCUCACGAGACGAAUUGGACAAAGUUCCUGAUUACUCCGCCAUACGAUCGAAUGCCGAAACCGCAUGGCGCCGGCUGAGCGACGUCUUUCCAAUUAAACUAAAAUCGACGGCAAAGAUGUUCAGAAGACUAAAGACGAAACAGUCGCUUAUCUUCAAUUCACGUCCUGCAGCAAUCGGAGUCGCGACGAGUUCUUCCGAGCCUUCCGCCAUAGCAAGACAACGCUCUCAUCACACAACCCCGUUUGCUAUCGGACUCCUGGCUCGUCAGUCGACGGUCUUUACAAUAGGAAUGAAUGACGGUUACGUGCAAGAGAAAGAACUGCAGCCGCAGCCGCCGCCUCUGCGGCGCAUGAUGGCGCUCAACGGUUCCGAACUGUGGUACGUAGUGCUCGGAGCCGUCGGCGCCGCCGUGUCGGGCAUCGUUAUGCCGGCUUUCGCUUACGUUUUCGCUCAAGUGAUAGGGUCAUUCACGGGCAUGUGCGACGCCAUCGAGAACGAGAUAAUUCGCUGGAUUUCAGUUCUGGUCGCCAUCGGAGUGGCGGCAGGAAUCGCCGAAUUUGUCAAGUUGUUUUUUUUCGAAGUUUCCGCUCAAGCUCUUAUCAAACGUGUAAGAGUGAUGGCCUUUAGAGCAGUUCUUUGUCGGGAUAUUGGCUGGUUUGAUGAUGAUCUGCUUCAUUCAUCGGCUGUCGUCAGUACUCGUCUAGCUCAAGAUACACUGAGCAUGAAACAGGGUACUCCAGGUCGUGUGAUUGUUAUUGUUCAGUUGGCUUUCACGGUGCUCGUUGCCGUCGUUGUCGCUUUCGUCUUCAGUUGGCGCUUGACUCUCGUCAUGUUCGGACUCGUUCCCGUUGUCGUCUUCGUUGCCGUUCUUCAAUCAAAGGCGGUAUCCCGUUACGGUGAUUUGACGCAGGAAACGUUGGAGUACACGAACGUCCUUGCAACCGAAGCUAUCGACAACGUGCGUACGAUAGCGCAGUUGGCGUGCGAGGAGACGGUAGUGGAGACGUAUGUGAGUCAUUUGCAAGAGCCUUACAGGACGGCCGUUAUCCACAGUCAUCUGAGCGGAUUUCUUGAUGGUUUAAUCGAGGCGAUACUCUAUUUUGCUAUUGCCGCCGCGUUUCGGUUUGGCGUGUGGGAAAUGGAAGAAUUCUUUGAGAUAUCGUUUAAAAACGUGCUCGUAGUGUUUGGAUGCGUCGUCUUCGGUGCUUUUUCUGUCACUCGAGCACUGGCUCUUGCUUCUGGUGCCGCAAGCGCCGGCAAGGCUGCUGCUCGAGUGUUUGAGCUAAUCGAUGCGCAACCGAGCACCAAGUCUCACGAGGUUUACUCGCCGAAAGAUAAUCUUGAUGCCGUUCGGCGGCUAAGUUUCCGAAACGUGUCGUUUACUUAUCCGGCUCGUUUGAAUGCUGUCGUGUUGAACGGAUUGAGUUUUUCGGUCGACGCCGACCAGAUCGUCGCUCUCGUCGGGACGAACGGUUGUGGCAAGAGUACGUGCGUUCAGUUGCUCGAGAGAUUCUACGAUCCAGACGAAGGAAAAGUGCUGCUGAAUGAAAGUGACAUCCGGCAUUUGAACGUAAAAGACGUACGCUCGCAGAUUGGUCUGGUAAGUCAAGAGCCCGUUCUAUUUUCGCGCAGUAUUCGAGACAACAUUGCGUACGGCGACAAUCGUCGGCAAUUGUCUCAAGAGACAAUAGAAGAGGCGGCCUCGGCUGCCAAUGUUCAUAACUUCAUUCUUUCUUUGCCGGAUGGUUAUGACACAGUCGUGGGUGAAAAGGGAAGACAAUUGUCGGGAGGUCAGAGGCAGCGAAUCGCCAUCGCUCGUGCUCUUGUUCGCAAUCCUAAGAUCUUACUCUUGGACGAAGCGACAUCUGCACUCGACAUGGAGAACGAAAGGAGUGUUCUAGACGCUUUCGAUCGUUCACGCCGAGGCCGCGUUUGCGUCAUCAUUUCACAUCGUCUAUCUGCUGUAAAGAGAGCUGACAAGAUUAUCAUGCUACGAGGAGGAAGAGUGCUUGAAGAGGGAACACACGAACAGCUAAUGCUGAAACGUGGCGCUUACUACUUACUAGUCGGUCACGCUCAAGCAGGAAAUACACUUACGGAAGCGGUAUCUUGAUCACCGGGACUGACGAUUGAAAAUAAUUUUAAGCGCAGACAGUCACUUGCUAUAGCUAGAGACACCUUGCUUACUUCGUAUGCUCUGACUAGACACUACGUACUAUAUAGCUAGUGGUUACAUGCAUGGUACUGUAAGCUUGGUACCGCGGGGAUGGGGAUGACUCUUGUGCAAUGGCGCGGUACUGCAUAUGAUUUUGCAAGCAAUUGACACGAACAAUUAAUUAAAUACUAACUAGC